AUGUUUGAUUAAAAUUUGUUUGAUAUUGCAGAAUAAUAGGAAGAACAAAUCAUUAAAUAUGCAUUAAAUAAUACUUAAGGAUAUAUGAUAUCUCAAGAAAUUAAUGAUUCAAUCAUCAAGUAAAUGUAUCAAAAUUUAAAGGAGAAUGGAACUCAGAUUAGUCAAACUAUAAAUAAAUUUUAUCAAAAAUAGGAAAAUUAAAAUAUCAAUUUCCAAGAUUUUUAAAAUUUUGUCUCUAAAUUCCAAAACUUACAUAAAAGAUGUGGAAAAGAUUGUAUUCAUGUCACAAGGUAUUUAUUUUAGUUUUAAUAAGAUUUUAUAUGAGAUUAGGAUUUAUACCAAUUAAAUAUUUAAAUAAAAGAAAAGCAAUGAGAUUAGCAAAACCAGUUGUAUUGCCAGGAUUCCCUAAGGUAAAUUGA